AGGCUCCCAGUUUCUUAGCAACCACACAUGUCUUGCAUGAGCAGAAGCUUGUCCUACUGCAGUAGCAGUGACAAUCCUGAAUGUCUCCAAAUUAGCACCAUUUUUUAAAAUGAAAAACAAGACUUCGCUCCUUAUUUAGUAUGGCUGUGCCAUGUGUUCUCCUCCUAACUGUUCUUGGGGUGGAAGUAAACAGCAAAUCCUCUGACAGUUUGGAAUCAGAGUUAGAAUGUUGUAUGGAUGCAGUGGAGACCAAUACCACCUGUCUAGCCGAGAACCAGUGCAGUCCAGGCUGCUACAGGCGGUGGAAUGAAGAUGGCAGCAGCAGCUGCAUCAAAUGUGAUAACGAAACUGUCGCUGCCACGCCGGCGUACAACCUGACUGACUGCCGAAACAGUUCCCUUGUAGACGGUGGCAGAGGAAUGAAUUCUCAGAUGAAUCUAACUACCGUAACCCCAGUUACUCUGGGUGUAGGGAGCCCAGAAGUAGCUGCUUCUCUUAUCUUUGGGACGUUUGUCAUCAGCCUCUUCCUCAUACUGUGCGUUGCUUCGUUCUUCUACCUCAAACGUGCCAACAAACUUCCAAAUCUCUUCUACAGAAGGAGCAAAGGGUCUGUUGUACAGUCUGCUGAAUCAGCAUUCUUAUCUUUUCAGGCAUCGAUGUUAUCUCCACCGUCCUCAGUCCGCAAACCCCGCUACGUCAGAAGAGAGAGGUCACUGAUGACAUCCGGUACCAGCACAACUAUUUCUGCAGAGACCAGAGUCAGCAAUGUGUAGCAGCCAGUCUUUGGAGCCCUGAGGAAUUGUAAAUACUGGCGUGGGCGGCACGGUGCCCAUGCACCCGGUUGCUAGCAAAAGUGCCAGGAAAACAGCUGAGAAAGUGGCCGGCUGGGAAGAGGGAAAAGAUGCCAGCAGCUUUGCAUCCAACGGGCUUGUGCCAAUGAAGCAUGGAACGAAGACUCACGAUCAGAGGAGUUCCGGAGAGGGGAGCCAGUUCAGUUAACUGCUCUCAGGCAGGCUGCCAAUUCUGUUUUCUUUCCUGGAUCGUAGCGAAAGACUCUCCGCUCCCCUUUUGGGACGCUGCGUGCUCACUGCACAGCCUCUCCAGCUCCACCAUCGUCUCUCUGACUGUCAGGAUUUGGAGGUCUGGUUGGCAGCCUAACUCCUGCACUGCUGGGCCAUUUCUUUUUGAGGAGGUGAACUGGCUUGCGGUGCCCGCUGCUCAGUGCGAAACACAAAAGUGCCAUGUUUUUUUAAUGCCGGUGGGAAGCGUUUGGCAUCCCUUAAUGCAAAAUUUUGCAGCAUGCCUUCAGGUUCUGAGAUGCGAGCUGGGCUGCUAGCCAGGAACUGCUCUUCCAGCGCACCAUGCAAGUCGCUUUCUCUCUUUUUAAACAAGUGGGUUUUGAACGAGGCCUUAAGCUUAUUGCAGUGUUGUCGUCGCCGAGCCACUGAAAGAUUUUAUUUUCUUCUCCCGCUUCCUCUGUAUUUCAUGAUGGUGGGCAGUAGAAUUUCCUUCCAGGUUUAUCCGCUGAGCACACCCACCUCUAGGAGGCUCUGCUGGUUUUUUGAUGUGUGUGCUUCACAGCGCACGGAGGCAAGAGUGGCCAAACAAACCAUUGUGAGCAAGAAGCACACUCAGUGGCCUCUCAUCUCCAAAUGUUUGGAACAGGAGAGGUGGGAAUUUGCAAAUGCUGCAAUAGUUGAUCCAUUCGUUUUGCAUUUUUGCACUCUGUUUUCCUACUCCUCAAGCUCUGCAUCCAUCGCGGGGAACCUGCAGCCCUCCAGACUGGUAGACUACAGUUCCCAUCAUCUCUGAUGGUUGGUUGUGUGUCCUAGGGCUGGCGAGGGCUGGGAACAUCCAGCAACAUCUGAAAGGCCACAGGUUCCCCACCCCGGCUUUCUGUAUCCUUUAUAUCAGCAGUAGUGAAGCUGGUGCUCUCCAGCUUUGAUGGCACUACAACCCCCAUCAUUUCUGGCUCUUGGCCGUCCUGCUGGGACUGAUGGCGGUUGUAGUUAAGCAACAUCCGGAGAGCACCACAAUGGCUUCCCCUGCUUUAGAUGAUGCCUGGUACCUUUUACAGUACCGUUCAGUGGUGGCGACGCAGUGUCAACUGUGCCUCCAUGUUUCUUGUCUCCCUAAGAGCCAGAAAACCUGCUCCCCAUCUCUGGCGUAGAUUUCACAACGCAGGUGCAUUUUUUGACCCUCACAGACUAAAGGGUCCUUCCUGCCUGUCCAAGGAGGAUACAGGAUGCGGUCAGGAUAAGUGCAGAAAUGUCUCACGGUGGGGGCACUUUAAUCUCUUUGGGUUGUAUCCUACUCAGAGUAGACCCAUUGAAAUUAACCUGAGCCUUGCUCCUUCAUAUCAGUGGGCCCACUCUGAGUAGGACAUCAUUGUAUGCAACCCUCUCAUUUAUUUAAUGAGCUAAGAUGUAGCUUUGAAAUGGUCCUUCCUAAGCUUGGAGCAUCCUCAUUUUCUUCCGUUUAUGCGUUUUUAAACAAUGCUUUUGAGCCUCGUCAGGAUGAAAGCAGGGAGGGGGGGGAGAGACAUCCUCACACCUCCCUGAGUUUUUAGAUUGCUACAAAUCCAAUGUAGAACCACCCAAGGAGGUAUCUCUGACUUGGUCUUCACAGAAGACUCUGCAGUCCACAACCUUCCUCCAAAGGCAAAUGGUUUAUUUCUGUAUGGGGAGUCCUCAACCUUCACUUGCUUAUAUUUAUAUCUUUUAUUUAAAUGCAGGUGCCAUUUCUUGAGAUCAGAAUCCUGAGGGGUUUUUGUAUAUUAGCUUCUCUUCUUGUCCCCCCCGCCUUUUACAAUCUCUCAGAUUCCCCGCAAGUGAAAACACGACUGGGAAGAGACCAGCGGAGAUUCCAAAACUACUUCUCCCCCCCCCCCCCCCGGGUGGACACAUUACUAUGCAAUGAUGCCAUGCAAGGAAACAGCCUCCCCUUGCUCGGAUGCAAUCUCCCUUUUUGUAAAGUCAGUAUGCUCCCCUUCCUUGUGCAUUUAGGUUGGUGGUGCUGCCCUUUCAGCCCAGACAAAAGUCCUUCUUUCUGCUAGGCUGCCUGAUGCCCUGCCUUGACCCCAAAGCACAUGCCUCUACUUUCUAAUAGAUGGUUGAAGUCACUCUGAUUGUGUGUGUGUGUGUGUGUGUGUGUGAUCACACCGUUCAAUGCAGGGAAAUCUGUUCUUACUUGCCAGUGUAGUUGUGGGGGGGGGGUUGUAUCUCCUGUUGUGCCAUUCUAGUGGAAAAGAGGCAAGUGUGGGCUGCUUUAUUAUUAUUUUUUUACUCCCACUGUUGUGUCAGAUGCAAACUUGUCUUUGUGUACAUCUCUCCCCACUCCCUUACUUUUCCCUUUCACUGGCUUUAAUAAAAGCACACAAAGUCCUGA